UGGAUAUGAUUGGCUGCUCUCGUCGAUUCCAGAACACUCGAAGAAUCAGGCGACUACACGUGUAUAGCUUUAUUUAACACGACGUGAGCUGAUUCCAAAAAUAAAAUAUUUUAUAAUAGAAACGAAUAAGCAAGUAUGUCAUCUGAUAGCAUUAUGAACUUAUAUAGGCGUUUUGUCAACUCUUAUUGUGCAUUUUGAGAAUAUUAAAACGAUGUUCUCUCUUCGCAACCAGCAAAUAGAUUUAAGAAAAACUAUUAUGCAAAAUAUUCAAACACAUAAAAUAGAUAUAACCGACACAGAAACUGGACUUGUCUUUCUCUCUUUCAAGAGAUUCUGUGUUUUGGUUAUAUUUAUUUAAACGUCUGAAUAUUCUUCAAGUUAUAAAAUAUGAUAAGUAAAAAUUUGAAAGGAAAUAUGGUUUUAACAAAAAAAAAAGAAAUUUGAAAGGAAAUACCGAAAUAGAUGUAAAAUUCAUUUUAAAAUAAUCAUUUUCUCCACAAAAACAUUAAUUUAUGAAUUACUUCUUUGCCAAGGCCCAAAUCAAUAAACGGAAAGUUAAAAAGAUUCUAGAAUAAUACAAAUCAUCUUCUCCAAGUUUCAACGUUCUUUUAUUUUUUUUCCUUCAACCACUAUUUUCAUAUAUAUACCCGAGAAUCAUGUAGCGAAGUGGGUAUACAUACACAUGUAUACCUGUGUAUGUAUAUAUUAUUCUUCCGUUUAAAUUUGUUUAUUUAGGUACAAAAUCAUUGAUGCCUACCACCUGUUCGAUUAAAUUCCCCAUCUAAAAGAAAAGAGCGAGAAAGUUCUUCGUCUUUAUUUUGGGUCUCUCACUAUCUUACCACACCUUCAAAAACGGGUUCUCUUUUAUAGGAUUUGACUUGUUUUUGAUUCAACCUCUCUCAUUUUCCUUCUUCCUUUCAAAGUAGUUUCUGUCUGAUUUGAUCAACGUUAUGUCUAGUCCAAAGAGUAACAAGCCAAAGAUCGUCAACGGUCCUGGUGGUUAUAUACUACAGGACGUUCCCCACCUCGUUGAUUACCUUCCUGAUCUUCCUACUUACCCAAAUCCAUUACAAGACAACCCAGCUUACUCUGUUGUUAAGCAGUACUUUGUUGAUGCGGAUGAUAGUGUUCCUGAGAAGAUUGUAGUCCACAAGGAUGGUCCAAGAGGAGUCCAUUUCAGACGCGCUGGUCCACGCCAAAAGGUUUACUUUGAAUCCGACGAAGUCCAUGCUUGCAUUGUUACAUGUGGAGGUCUCUGUCCUGGUCUCAACACCGUGAUUAGAGAGAUAGUGAGCAGCUUGUCAUACAUGUAUGGAGUAAAGAGAAUUCUUGGAAUCGAUGGUGGAUACAGGGGAUUCUAUGCCAAGAACACUAUCCCCUUAAACUCCAAAGUUGUGAACGAUAUCCAUAAACGAGGAGGAACGAUCCUCGGGACUUCACGAGGUGGACAUGAUACCACGAAGAUUGUUGAUAGCAUCCAAGACCGAGGAAUCAAUCAGGUUUACAUCAUUGGUGGAGAUGGAACACAGAGAGGAGCUUCAGUUAUAUUUGAGGAAAUUAGAAGGCGUGGACUCAAAGUUGCUGUGGUUGGAAUCCCUAAAACAAUCGAUAACGAUAUACCAGUUAUAGAUAAAUCUUUUGGGUUUGAUACUGCUGUGGAGGAGGCUCAGCGAGCUAUCAACGCAGCACAUGUUGAAGCCGAGAGUAACGAGAAUGGUAUCGGUUUCGUUAAGCUUAUGGGUCGCUACAGUGGAUUCAUAGCGAUGUAUGCUACAUUAGCUAGCAGGGAUGUUGAUUGCUGUUUGAUUCCUGAGUCACCAUUUUACCUGGAAGGAGAAGGUGGACUGUUGGAGUUCAUAGAGAAACGGAUAAAGGAGAAUGGUCACAUGGUGAUUGUUCUUGCUGAAGGAGCAGGGCAAGAGCUGAUGUCCAAAAGCAUGGAAUCCAACACUGACGCCUCUGGUAACAAGCUUCUUAAAGAUGUCGGCUUGUGGCUAUCACAAAGCAUCAAGGAUUAUUUUAAGAAGAUUAAUAUGGUGAUGAAUCUCAAAUACAUAGAUCCUACAUACAUGAUCCGAGCUGUUCCGAGCAAUGCAUCAGACAACGUUUACUGUACACUUCUUGCUCAGAGCGCGGUUCAUGGUGCAAUGGCUGGUUACACUGGCUACACCAGUGGUCUUGUCAAUGGAAGACAAACAUACAUUCCUUACUACAGGAUAACAGAGAAGCAGAACAAUGUGGUGAUUACGGAUAGAAUGUGGGCAAGGCUGUUGUCUUCUACGAAUCAGCCAAGUUUCUUGGGCCCUAAGGAUAUACCUGAGGAGAAGAAAGAGAUGCCGGAGAAGCCAACUCUUGACGGUGAAAACUGUGACGGAGUUGUCGAUAUUCCUCCGGUGACCAAAGAGAUCGCUAAGUGAACGUCAAAUAAAAAAGCUUUGGUUAGAAAACUUCCAUUCCAGGCAUAUAUAUAUUCCUGAAACGAGACCGUUUUAAAGGAAAGUGAAAUAAUUGUUUAUUCUGACGAUAUCGCCUUUCUGUUUGGCAAAAGUAAUGUUUUUGGUUUCUUUUAGAUGUUUAGUUUUGUGUAACCUUUUUGCACCUUCCACAUCAUAUGAUUAUGAAUGUAUGAAGUUAUCUUUUUUUC